AUGGCAGAGAAGGAGAAUGAGCCCAAGGUAGAGAAGGCGGAGCCUGAGAAGGCGCCAGAGAAGGUUGAGGACAAGAAGAAGAAGGACCGGAAGCCCCACCUGAUGGCAGCUGUUGAGGAGGCCUUCAAGAAGUGGGAUAUCACCGGCGACGGCGCCAUCAGUCGUUACGAGCUCCAUGCGGCGUUGACACAGCUGGGCAUGGACGAAGCGCAGGUGGCAAAAUGCUUCAACUCGGCAGACAUUAGCAAGGACGGGAUGCUCCAGUAUGAUGAGUUUCUGGAGUGGGUCUUUAAGGACCCCACUGUCGUAUGCGCAUACAGCCUGAAGACAGCGAAGGAAGGCCUUCAUGUAUGCACGCCAGAGGCGUGUCAGGAGAUUUGGAAGGUUACAGAGCCUUUCGAAGACAUGGAUAAGGUUUUCUUUGCUGCCAUGGUGAUCCUCGGAGAGGAUCGAGAUUUAAGUUGGAACGGCGUCCGGGCGUUGAUGAAGAAGCCAGGCGUUUUCCUGGACAAGCUCCACACCUAUGACACGUCCCACGUGACCGAGACCACCCUGCGCAAGCUCAAGUUCUUCACCUCAAAGGACGACGUGGUGGGUUUGGCUGUGUCGAGUAACGUUCUUCGAGCACAUGUGUGGAAAGCUUUGCCGGGUCUUGUGGUACACGUCAUGCGCAGGCUUAAGAAGCUUCAGCUCUAA